GGGAAGCUUGAAAGAAACGGCCGAAAAUGGGUCCGCUGGAACUUACAGGUGGAGGCGCACUCACACUGUGGAUUAGCGGUUAGUAUAGGGGCUGCGGUUGGCACUGGGUUGCUCUUGCCCAGCUGCAGAGCCAAGGCAUCCUGUGCUGCUUCCUGGGAUCACCUGCUGAGAAUGCCACCGAUUGGCACCACCCAUUACACACAGGAUUUACUUUGGUCUGGAUUGGGCAGGUCAACAAACGCUUGGCUAUGUGCCAAGCACCCAGACCAAGCCGACAUCAGAAAGAUGCCCCGUGAUAAACCGAUUGCUCGGUUCAAUGCUGGCUGUGGCAAUGGUCGGUUUCUGUCCAACGCUAUAUUAAAAAAUAUAAAGUCUUAGAUCGUUCCGCUGCGCUUUGUGCAACACCUGCUCGGGCGCGAGUCAAAGUGACGUUUUUCGACUUGAGUUGGUCGUUGCCAACACCAACAUCAUCAUCAUGUCAAGCGAGAAAACUCACGGGGUGGAUACUGGCGCCGCCGAGCGCCAAACGUCAAACAGCUCGCAAACUGAGCAUCAGGCCGAGGAGGUUCACGAGAAAAAGCCAUGGUGGCACUCGCUCAUCGAGGCGGGCUCCGCCACGCAAAUCGUCAUUGCCGCUGUGCUUGCCAUCGCCAUCGGUGUCGCUGUCACUUCGACCGUUGAGGAUGUCCCCCCGGCAGCCGUCACGCUCGUCGGCAUUCCUGGCAGGCUGUGGUUGCGUGCACUGAGAGCUUGCGUGCUCCCCUUGAUCGUCACUGCAAUUGUUCUCGCCGUGCAACGGUUGCAGAAAAUGUCGGGUGACGGCGGACAGAAGCUGGCCAGGGUUACCAUCAUCUACUACGUCGCUACCACGCUGCUGGCCAUCGUCAUCAGCACAAUCUUGACGGAUCUCGUUUGGGGGCGGCUGAUGCAGAGGGCUGAAGGGUCCAGCCUCGCAGUGGACGCAGACGAUGCGGAAACGUACCAGGAGCGGCAAGAGGUGGACAUCCACGAGGUGGUGCAGGACAUGUUCGACUCGCUGAUUCCGCAAAACGUGGUCGACUCGCUGGCCAAGGACGCCUUGCUCGGCAUUCUCGUGACUGCCGUGGUGAUCGGCUACCUCCUCAAGCCAACCUCCCACAUUGUGCGAGCUCUGGAGGAGAUUGAGGACUUGAUCACGAAAAUCAUCACCUUCCUCAUCAAGAUUGCGCCCAUCGGCGUAUUUUUCUUGAUCCUGCCCAACCUCUUCCGCCUCGACAUCCGAAACAUUGGUUACAACCUCGGCAUCCUCAUCGGCGGCGGCGUCACCAACAUGGCCAUCCAUCUCUUCAUCGCCCUGCCCAUCGUCUUCUUCGCAUUGACGCGCAAGAACCCCUACACAUACUGGUUCAAGUGCUCGCCGGCCUGGCUGACCGCGUGGGGUUCCGCCUCGUCGGCCGCGACGCUGCCCGUGACCAUGAAGUGCGUCGCGGCGCGGGGCGUACCCAUGACGGUCAACAAGUUCAGCGUGCCGCUGGGCUGCCUGGUCAACAUGGACGGGACAGCCAUCUACUUCCCGCUGUGCGUCGUCUUCCUGGCCGAGACGCAGGGCAUCCGGCUGACGCCCGCCGACUACACCAUUGUGUGCCUGCUGUCGACGCUGGCCUCGAUCGGCACGACGCCCAUCCCCAGCUCGUCCCUGGUCCUGACCGUCAUGAUCGCGCAGAGCGUCAACGUCCCCAUCACGGGCAUGUACGGCGUCAUCAUUGCCAUCGACUGGUUCCUGGACCGCUUCCGCACCGCCGUCAACGUCAGCGGCGAUAUGUUUGCCGCGUCUGUCAUCACCAAGCUCACGGGCAUCCAGGACCCUCCCGAGGAGGACGGCAUAGUGGGCGAGGUUACCGACAACAGCCAGCGGGUAUGAGGAUGAUGAUUUGUUAGAGUGUAGUGAGCCUGGAUAGUAGGUUGUCUAGUUUGAUUGAUAUGACUUAUGGUAUCAUUGUCAAUAUCCGCACCGCUUGGUGUUAGACCCGCUCCAUUGCCUCCUGAGACCUGACUUGAACUACAGUAGUAUAUCUCCUCACUCAUCCUAGCAGUGUGCUUGAGGCGCUCGAGAUUGCUAGUGUCAAGAGAGAUGAAAUCUUAGUUUUAAGGUAAAAAUACUCGGAGAUCCAAAGAAUGAUUUGCCGCAAGUAUAAGAAAGGUAGCCGACCCUUCAGGUUGACAGAAUCAG